CCUUUUCAUAGUUUAACUAUUUUUAGAUUGGUCAUCAACUUACCAUAACCCUCCUUCUUUAUUUGGACUUCGUAUUGUGUGUUCUUUACUUAUACGCAGAGUUGAUGUCUUUUCCUUCAUUGUGCUUCAUAAAUGAAUAAACUAUUUCAUUAUCUGCUUUCAUCAGCUCCUCACAGUACAUUUAACUUAUUGUGACUGAAUCUGACCCACAAUUCUCAAGCCUUCUGCUCCUAUAAAACCUGCCCAUAACUUAAAACCUUAACAAAUUUUAUCUGCAAACUAAAGCUUCUCUCCAAAUAUAUUAUCACCUUCAAAUAUAGUCAAUCAUGAUUUCAUCAGAGGCUGCAGCAAUCCACUACUUUGCUCCAGAAAACAACCCCUCAUCAUUUCCUACUGAUUUCGGCUUCAUGCACAAAAACUUACCAGCAUUCCAAUACAACACAUUCUUAACAAACAACAAUAUACAAAAUUAUCAGGCCUCUUUUCCUGUUCAAGACUUCAGCCAACAACCCUCAUGCAUCAGCAGUAACUCGACCUCUGAUGAAUCGGAGGAACAACAAAUCAGAGUCAUCGAUGAACGAAAGCAAAGGAGAAUGGUAUCUAAUAGGGAAUCAGCUAGAAGAUCAAGGAUGAGGAAGCAGAGGCAUCUUGAUGAGCUAUGGUCUCAAGUUCUUCGCCUUCGAACAGAGAAUCAGAAUCUGAUGAAUAAACUAAACCAAGUCACAGAAUCUCAUGACAGAGUCAUUCAGGAGAAUAUGCAGCUCAAGGAAGAGGCUUCCGACCUUCGUCGGAUGAUUACUGACAUUCAAAUUGACAGUCCUUUCCAUGCUUUCAGUGACUUCGACGAGGUUACGUGCAACACUGCUCAUCUCAAGGCUGAAUCAUCAAACCAAUCCACUAAAUAGAAUUUUACUUAUCUGCUUCUCUGAAAAUGAGUUGUUUUACUAACUUUAAGGAUUCAGAGAGGAAAGGAAGAGAAAAUGAGAGUGAGCUGGAGAUAUUUUCUAAGUUUUUCCUUCUUCAUGUUGUUAAUUCUCUUUUACCUGAAUGCAAACAUGAGUCUUUAAUUCA